AUGCUCUCUUCAUCAAAGCUCCUUUUCAAACGAACCUUCAUUGCUGGUGGACUCAAGUCCACUUGUUUGGUGACCUCAUCAUCGUCCAAACUCGCCCGACAAAAGAUAUUUUCCAACAGCAACAUUACAAUGCAUCACAAUGCUGCAAGCAAUAACUCGCAAAUUAGAGAGAGGCAAAAACUUCUCUUCAUUGAACAUCCAAAUCAUCCAGAUAGAGUCUUUUUGAUACCAACAAUUAAUAAUGGAAACCCUCUUUCAAUGAAUUUACUCAUGACUGAUAUUCAGGAGUCUCUUGCUGACCAUGAAGUAUUUUCAGGACAUCAAGAAAAGAAGGUAGUGGAUCAUGACAACUUGAAUUAUCCAAAGGAUCAUCACAAACGAAUUGUAGAUAUUAUUUCUCAAAAAUCAUUCAAGGAAGAAUCAAAAGACCCAUUGGAUGCACUGUUCAAAAGCAAUGAGGCUCUUUCAACACUUUGUCCCGUGACUAAAAACAAGCAAUUACUUCAUCAAGAGAGGAUCAUACCAAGAAACGACGCAAAAUCGAUAUCUGGGCAGUCAGACAGGACCUCAAAACAACAGCAUAACAAGACUUCUUUAAAGUCUUCAUCAUCAUCUUCAUCAUCCAGUGCUGCAAACGCUGCAUCCAAUACUAAUGUUCCCAACACAGAUAGUGGAGAUGAAAACAAAUAA